AUGCAUGCUGGAAGAUUAUUGUACCCUGUGGUUCUGUUCUGCAUAACCUCUUGGACUGUUGUUGCUCAAGGCGGAACUAACGAAUUUACGACUCCAGGAAGGCCAACGACGACGAGGAGGACGACUCCGGACGGAUCUGACGAAUUUACGACUCCAGGAAGGCCAACGACGACGAGGAGGACGACUCCGGGAAGGCCAACGACGACGAGGAGGACGACUCCAGGUUGCAUGACAGAGCCAAAUAUCAGCAAUGCAAUUAUAACCACGAAUUCUCCAACACUGUUUACAACAGUCAAUAUCACUUGUCGUGAAGGGUUCAGAAUGACACAAAUUCUGAGUUGUGAUUCUGAUAAUUUGAAAUAUGAAGACACAGAAUGUAGACCAGUUGAAUGUCCGUUGAACCCGGUAAUAAGAAAUGGUGACCUGACUUUUGCGAUCGGGUCAAGAGUUAUUGGAGUUAAAUAUAAUUUUAGGUGUAAAAGACCUUUUACUAAACAAGGGAGAGGAGGAACUGUAAUAUGUAAUACGUGUGGAGAAUGGGAAACGGAUAUAACAUGUGUAGGUCCUUGUCAGUUCCAGGAAGUCGGGUGUCAAGGCUUUCCACCUGGGUAUGCUCCAAUUGUGAAAACCAGAGAAAACUACGGACUGCAUGCGAGACAUCAUGUAACAACCAUCCUAGGUGUACGACAUGGUCUUUCCUCGAGUAUCGCUGCAAACUAUACACAUCUCCUGUCAUUAUAGUUAUCGGAGGUUCACUAACAAGGGCUAAGUGUCAACAGUUGUGCGCCUUUAAUCGCAGAUGUUUGUCCGUUGUCUCUACACCUACAGAGUGCGCUCUGUUUGAUAUAAGACAACUAGAAACUUCACGAGGAGCAACUGGGUUGAAUUUCUUCUACUCUAAAAUCGAUGAAGAUUGUGAGUAAUGUAGCCAACACCCUACACUGAGUAUAAUUAAUAUCUAUUCCGAAUCGUAAAUAAAUAAUUUACAUGCAUU